AUGGCUUCCCAAGAGAACGUGUCAAAGACCCCAUUAAAGAACAUCGAGGAAUUUCUCCAACGCCAUCCUCAAGUCCGCACCGGCACAGCCGCAAAAGCCGAACUAGACAGUAUCCACGAACACGGCGAUACAUUCUGCGUCAUAAACAAACUCUACGACAACGCAAUUCUUCACAAAGACUACGAUGGCGACUCUUUAAAACUCGUCUUUGCUUUCGCUUACGUCAACGAUGAGCAGGCAAUGGUCAACUAUAUCGAAGAUGCUGGAGAGGAUGAUACUGUCUUGUGCGAUUGUGAAGUCGGGGUGGGGGAAGGUCCGGACCAUCAUCUCCAUGAGUUUGUGAGGGCUACGGUGCCGGAUUGUGAGAUUCAUAAGGGGAGUGAUGAGCCGGAUCCUGGGUGCUCGGAUUGUUGGCCAGUGCAUUGUGGGAGUAAUUGUCGGGGCGUUGAGGGAUUUGAGUGA